GGUAAUGUUUUGGAGUUUAAAAACGUUUUCUUUUAUUUUUUAUCUUAAUUUAACACAAGACAAUCUUAUUAUAGCAUUUUUAUCGUGUUAAAUAAUUUCCUGAUUUAUAGUUAUGUUAUUUUACAGUCAUGGCGGCGUGUUUCGUGUAUUUUCUGGCCACUGUUUCUUUGCUGUUUGUAGAAGGAAGUCCAGUUUUUAAACCCAACAAUGAAACAACUCCAGUGGUCCUUUGGCACGGGAUGGGUGACAGCUGCUGUAACCCUCUGAGCAUGGGCUCCAUCAAGAGACUGAUCGAGCAGCAGAUCCCCGGAGUCUACGUCCUGUCACUCAUGAUCGGGAAGAAUGUUAUCGAAGACACUGAAAAUGGCUUCUUCAUGGAGGUGAAUGAGCAGGUCGCGAUGGCGUGUGAAAAACUGGCCAAGGACCCGAGGCUGCAGGGAGGGUACAAUGCCAUGGGCUUCUCCCAGGGGGCGCAAUUUCUGAGAGCAGUGGCCCAGCGCUGUCCAAAUCCUCCAAUGAAGACGCUCAUCUCUGUGGGAGGACAGCACCAAGGAGUGUAUGGAUUUCCCAGGUGUCCAGGAGAAACAUCUAAAAUCUGUGACUUCAUCCGUGAAGCUUUGAACGCCGGAGCCUACCGCGACUGGAUUCAGAAACAUCUCGUCCAGGCGGAAUACUGGCAUGACCCUCUGAAUGAAGACCUCUAUAAGGAACACAGCCUGUUUUUGGCCGAUAUCAAUCAAGAGAGGGUGGUGAAUGAGACUUACAAGAAAAACCUGCAGCAGCUGGAGAAGUUUGUGAUGGUGAAGUUCCUAAAUGACAGUGUGGUGGACCCUGUGGAUACUGAGUGGUUUGGGUUCCUGAAAAUGGGUCAGGCCAAAGAGACAGAGACACUGCAGGAGAGCGUGAUCUACAAAGAGGAUCGUUUGGGGCUCGCCGCCAUGGACAAAGCCGGAAAGUUGGUGUUUCUGAAAACGAAAGGAGACCACCUCCAAUUCACGAGGGAGUGGUUCAUCGAAAACCUGCUGCCUUUCCUACGAUCUUAGAAAGUGUCACGUUAAAUUAACACAUAUCAUUACGAAUCAUUACAUCUGGACACAAAUUACUAGUCAAAAUACUGUAACAACAUUGCUGGGUAAAAACACUGAACGUUGCACUUUUAUUUUGGCUGAAGCAGGUUUAGGCAUUAUGCUGAACUGAUUUGAACUGUAAACGUGCAUAUGACAGGUUAGACCACUUAUUUCACCAAAACAUAGUUAACAUCAUUAUAUUUGGUACUAAAAAUCUUCCCUAUUUUCAUUAGGAGUUUAAAUUUUGGUGAAGUGUAUUUUUACUUCCUGGCUGGAUAAGGGCACCGAACAGUCUUCCUUGUGCAUUAACUCUCUCUGCAUUUUGUAUGAAGUUUUCUGCGUUGAUCACAUAGACGGAGGGAUUCUGCUUUAGAACUCAGCCCUACUUCCUAUAUUUGUGUACUUCUCUCUCUCUUUUUUUCCACAAACUUCCACUUAACUGAUAUAAAACUAUGAUAAAUAUUGACCACAAAUACUAUCCACCAAACCAAAUCAGAAAAACAUGAAAACCUGUCAUAUGCACUUUAAAGAUGCACUGUAUAACUUCUGGAGAGUUUUGUUUCACAGUAUGGCAUUAAGCUUUCCUAUCUCCAUGGAAACCAGUAGGUUGUGCCACCAGGCCAAGUUACCGUUUAGAUCUGUGGAGAGAGAGAGAAGACCCUGCUGCUCUUAGUAAGAAUGCAUGUUUGUCAAGGUAUUUCUGUGCAGUAAAAACACCUAAAUGAUUAAAUGCUUUGCCAUGGAGAAGCAGACCACUCACCCUCCACCACAAAAGUUACAUCUUUAAUUUUCCUUUUUGGGGUCCAAUGAUGCUACAAUCUUCUGCAAUUACGACCACUAACACAGCAGCCAUUUUGAAUACAUGCUUUUAUUACAGUUGUUAGUUUUUAUGUUCAUGAUAUUUUGUUUUUAAUUUUAGCUAAUGAAGUGGAAUUAUGGAUUGAAUGGAUGAUUAAGAAUGUGAGAUAAUCUGAUGUUAUGUAUAGCUUUUAUGCUUUAAAAUGCUUUUGUUGAAAUUUAAUAAAAUGUAUAAACAUA